UGUUUUCCCCAAACAUCCAGGGGUUUGAGGGUCCGGGAGGCAGGCUCAAGGGGACCCCAGUUGAGCCCACAGGAUUGGGGUUGAGCUUCCUAGUUUCUGCUGGGAGACACCAUCCUUCCCUUCCCUAUUCCCUCCCUCCCUUUCUUCUUUCCUCUCUCUUUGGGGAACCAGGAGUUCACACCCCCGACGGGGUGGGGUGGCGGAUCCCAGGACACCCUCAGCCGCUGCCGGAGCCAGGGAGCCUCCUCUCCUCCCCUCACCAGCCAUGGGAGGCCCGUGGGCGCUCCUGUGGGUCUCGGGCCUGUGUCUCCUGAUCAGGGUUCGAGGACAAGGUGACUUUGACUUGGCUGACGCUCUCGACCCAGACCCCACCAAGAAGCCGGGCUCAGACAUCUACCCAAAGCCGCAACCCCCGUAUCCCCCGCAGCCUGGAAAUCCUGAUACCAGUGGAAAUAUCUACCCAAGACCCAAGCCACCGCCCCCUCGGCCACAGCCUGGCUACCCCGACGGUGGAGAUAUCUACCCAAGACCAAAGCCACCGCCCCCUCGGCCACAGCCUGGCUACCCCGACGGGGGAGGUUACAUCAGUGAUACCGAUGACGGCCGAUACCCGCCCAGGCCCAAGCCCAGGCCGCCGGCAGGUGGCGGUGGCUACAGUAAUGACGGCUACGGAGGCUCCCACGGUGGAGGGCGCAAUAGACCCAGCUCGAAUGGAUAUAAUUAUGGUGGAGGCGGCUACAACACGUAUGGCAACCCGCACGGAAACACGGUAGCGACAAUCGUGUCUCCCAUCGUAUCCGUGGUGGUGGUGACGCUGGUGGGGGCCGCGGUCGGCUAUUUCCAACGCAACAGGAGGAGAAAUUGCUUUAGAGGAAAUGAACCCGAACACGUGUGAUCGGGACGCCGGGCGGUCGCCCCGAGAAAAAACAUCACACCGGGCAGCCACCCUCGUCCGUCGCUGCUGUGGGAACUCGAUCUCAUUCUUGGUGUCGGUCACCUCCCCCCCGCCCC